CCCUCCCCGGCCCGGCCGGCCCCGCCUCCCGCCCCGCGCGUCACCCGCCUCCCCGCCGGAUUGGCCGCGGCCCGCGGCCUUGCCUUGCCAGCAUGGCGGCGCCCGGCGCGGCGGCGGGCUGCGAGGACUUCGCCGAGUUCCAGGAGCUGCUCAGGGUGAUGAGGACGAUCGAUGAUAGGAUCGUCCAUGAAUUAAACACUACGAUUCCAACAGCUUCCUUUGUGGGGAAAAUCGAUGCCAGCCAGACGUGUAAAGAGCUCUACCAGUCUCUGAUGGAUGCUCACACCAGCAGAGAGAGAAUCAUCAAAAGCUGCAUUGCUCAGACUUCCAGUGUAGUGAAAACUCUCAGAGAAGAGAGGGAAAAAGCCCAGGAAGAUGUAGCAUUAUUAAAGCAACUCAGGAAAGAGCAGACAAAGUUGAAAUUGAUGCAGUCGGAGCUGAAUGUUGAAGAAGUGGUAAACGACAGAAGCUGGAAGGCAUCAGCAUCUUUGAUGAUAACAGACUACCAGGAUUAUGAGCCUGCCUUAUCUGAGGGAGAACACUUAGUGCUGUGCAGCCCACCAGCAUCAGGCUGCAAACUUUGGAUUCAGAGCCAGGAGAGAAGGUGAAUGGAGGCAGAUGCAUUGGUAAGUACCAUUGAUUGGUACAGCAGGGCUGGGCAGCUUCAGAUGGGUGCUAUGUGAAGAGAUAGUUGCCUGAACUCUAGCUCUGAAGUUCUGCUCAUCUCCUGGAUGAGACCUAAUUUGCUUUUGCUCUUCCUGUUUUG